CAGAAAAAAGAACUUGAAUCUGGAACAGCUUAUAAGUUUAGAAUUGCGGCCAUUAACUGCUUAGGAACUAGCGAUUACAGCGAAGUAUCCGCCUUUAAAACAUGUGUACCUGGCUAUCCCGGUGCACCCGUAUCAAUUCGUAUCAGUAAGAACGCCGAUGGAGCCCAUCUUAGUUGGGAAGCUCCAACAAAUACUUCAGGAACAAUUUCAGAAUAUUCUGUUUAUCUGGCAGUGCGUAGUGAUGGUCCUGCGUCUUUAAAUUCGCAACAGUCAGGACAAUUACUUAGCCCUGUAGUCCACUCCGUUCAUCUCUCCUUUAUUCGAGUAUAUAUUGGUACCAACGCUUUUUGUUUGGUAAAUAAUGGUCUCGUGUCUCGCGCUUACAUUGAUCAAUCUGCCAAACCUGCUAUUAUAUUCAGGAUUGCUGCAAAGAAUGAAAAAGGGUAUGGUCCUGCAACGCAAGUGAGAUGGCUUCAAGGU